UGUAGCUUCUCUCUGUUCUCCCUUGUGCAGCUCCUCCUACCUGCAUCAGCUCCAUACUCAUUUGUAGUUUAGUCUUCAUUCAGUAAGGAGCCGCAGAGCGAGGGGAUUCACUGGGAAGGGGCGAUCAUGUUGAGCCAAUAGGCUGAAAGCAGCGUGGAAGGUGGAGCGUGGGACAGCAGUGACCAUGAUCGACCUGAGUUUCCUGACAGAUGAGGAGCAGGAGGCCAUCCUGACUGUUUUAAGAAGAGAUGCUGAGCUGAAGAAGACUGAAGAGCAGCGGGUUCUGAACCUGCAGAAGAGCGUGGCAGAUAAAAGCCAGCUGAAAUACCUGAGUGGAGAAUGGUUCUACGAGACCAAGCAGCUUCGCCAUCAAGAUCGCAUCCAUGGCUCCGACAUCAUCAGGGCCGCCAUGAAACACACGCUCAAACCGCUAACUAUAAUGGAGAUCGCUCACAUAUUACCUGAGAGGUCCAGUUUUAUGAGCAGUGAAAAUAAAGAAGUGUUUGUCCCACCUGAGCUCCGCGGACUCCUUCAGGAACCCAACGUGCAGCUACGUGAUGGGUGUCAGAUCUUCAGUCCUCAUGAAACGGUCCAAGAAACUCCAAAAGCAGAUGUUCGAUCACCCACAAAGCAGAGAAAAAACCCAUUCAACAGUGAGCUUGUUUGUGAAGAAAAGGACGGUCAGUCAUUGGUCAGAGCUGCAGAUCAAGCCCAGAGACAAAAUGAAAGGACUGCAUCAUCACCUGACAGCAGCACCACUGCUAAACAAAAUGCUAAUAAGAACAUACUCUCCCAGGAUGCGUCGGUUCCAGGUCCAGUGCCUGGAAACAGAGACGUCAGCAUUAGUUCUCAGGAUGUUUUUGCUGAGGUAGAUGGGUCACAUGUUAGACAGACUAUUUCUGCUGACCUACCAGCCAUCAUCAAGAACAAGUUAGCCUCCAGCUCCACACGGUCUCUGCUUUUUGACCUGGUCUCACAGAGUCCAACGGAGACUUGGAUGGCUCGGAAGCAGGAAAACUUCAGCUUGGCCAGUUGGAUUUCUGUGGAGCAGCAGGAUGGGAAGCAGCUCAGAGAGCAACGCAAACCAUCGGCUACUGACCUUGAAAGCAUCAGCAGUGCCAGUGAUGACACACAAACACCUUUUAUCCAACAGAGUCGAGUGGAUUCAAAGGAAGAACUGACCUGCAAAACUGAGGCAAACUUCCAAGAUCAUGAAGCUGGAAGACUCCAGGUCACUGAUGUGAAACGAUCAGGAAAGCCUGAUGAACUGAAAACAGAGUAUGAAGAGGACUUCCAUUCCCAUGCCAAAGCCAAAAACCAGCCAUCACGACCUAGCAUUUAUUCUUCUGAAGCAAACUCCUAUGUCAAGCCGUCACCUAACUGCAGCUCAAAAAGUUCAUCUCAUGCUCCUCCACCAAAUUAUAAACAAAAACUACUUGGAUUUUUAAAAAGAGAGAAAGACAGAGAUUCCCAAGUGAUGAGUCUGCAGAAAAAAGAGCAAAAGAUAUCAAAGCAGGAAGGCUCCAGGUUUGCUCCAGAUUUGAGUGUGGACACACCUGCCACUACCAAACAAGAUACUAAAUCAGCUCAAAUCAAAGAGGUUAAAUCUGUACAGCUGACUGUCCUGCAAAACACCCCUUUUAAAGAAAUGCUCUCCUCAUUAGAAGCAGAUGGUCAGCAGGAAGGAUUGGUAAGCCAAGAAACUCAAUUAUCAAAAACAUCCACCAGAGAGGAGCUACAGCAUGAAGACACUGCGAAGAAAGAAAAAGAAACUUAUCGAGCUCUCCAGACUAAAUCUGAUGUAACCGAAGAGGACAGUGCAGACAAAUCCCAACAAAAUAAUUUCUCACAGCAGCCUGGUUACAAAAUGUUUGUCGAUUUAUCAAAAGAGGAUGGCACAUAUCGAGCAAACCCUGUCCUUAUCUAUGACGAGACAGACGAAUCUUUAGCAGGUUCAGUAACAGAUUUACACAAUUCUGAGCUACACGAGGAAAGCAUCAUCUGUUUUGUACUUCCUGAAUCUUUAAACACCCAAAAGCAGGAGCAGCAUAACCCAGUUUCAGUCCUCAGAGACUCCACUUUCACAUCUCAAAGGGAUGGGCUAGCUGAGGCAAAGAAAUGGACACUACCCAAAGUAGACACUGCAAGUCACCAAGAAGUUUCCAUUCAGUCUAACCGGAGAAUAUCCUCAGACAAUAAUGAGAAAUCUUUUGCAGAAACACUAAUAAAUCAACACAAAACCAAGCCACUCACCCUUAAAUCACCAAAAACGACAACCAAGGUUACCGUUCAUCCAAACAGGUCAGAUUCGAGGAGCGUUGGUUGUAGCAUAGAUGCACAAUCGCCAUAUCACCAUGACCUUAUCAAAAUCGAUACCAACUCUCAAGAAAGGUCCCUCAGUCCCAGUAAAUCUCCUAAAUCAAAAGACAAAGAUGACAAAGUUAGAUGGAGUCCAUCUAAGACCUACCAUCCAAAGGUCCUGCCACGAGAAUCGUCAAGUACUAGCUCAUCAAAGCUGGAGGGGUCUCCUUUGAAAACAUUUCCAAUAGAAAUCAACCCCAAAACUAAAGUCAGUGAAGAACAACAAGAGGAUCUGACACCAUCAUCAAGACAGAAGAAGAGUCCUUCACAUGCAGCAAAGCCAGCAGUGCUAACAGAAACAAACACCUCUCCGACUCGACCUCCAGCAGGGACAUGUUCACCACAAUCCAAACAUCAUCCACACCUCCACAGAUCUUUGAUCCCCCAGGACCAUCAACACUAUCUGGGUCCACAGGAAAAGGCCCACAAGCCUCCUUUUUACCAGGACAAAGCUGCUGUUGGAGAAAGUGAUGCCGUCCACAGACCCCAAAGAACCAUUAGAAACCAGAGUAAGAGCCCCAGUGAGAGGAGUCCUCAAGAACUCACCUCUUUAAAUGUGCAAAACAAUGAGGAAAACUCCAGACAAGAAACAACCAGGGCUUGGUCUCUACCCCGGCCUAAUUCAGACACAGCCUCUACCAUCACCAACCUAAAACCAAUGAAGCCUAGUCUUUCCGUGCCUCUUCUUCAGCAGAAUGAGACAGACAGCACUUUUGAGACCAACUUGGGACAUAAGAGAAACAACAGCAGCUCUAUGUCCAACAUGACUCUCUCCUCAGGAAUGGCCUCCAUGUCUUCUAUCAGCAGCAGUGUAAGCAGCCUCCACCCUCCAGACUGUGGAGACGUUGACAUCCAGGGAAGCAUCCAGUUUGCUGUGAACUACAUCCAGAAGCUUGGAGAGUUUCAUAUCUUUGUGGUGCUCGUCAGGGGUUUGGCUGUGGCCGACACCAAGAAGAACCGUUCAGACCCGUAUGUGAAGUGCUACCUUCUUCCUGACAAAACUAAGCUGGGCAAGAGAAAAACGACAGUUAAAAAGAGGACAUUAAACCCAACCUACAACGAAGUCCUCAGGUUUAAAAUCAAACUGGAGGAGCUGAAAACUCAGAAGUUAAACAUCUCGGUGUGGCACAAUGACACUUUUGGGCGGAACAGCUUCUUGGGCGAGGUGGACCUGGAUUUGUUUCAGUGGGACUUCAGCAACACACAGAUAAAUGAAUAUACAUUAAAAGCCAGGGUUUCAGAACCAGCCUCAGCACCAGCUCCAUCACAUAUAGUAGAGGAGAGAGGACAGAUGAGAGUCGCCCUGAGAUUCCUGCUGCAGACGCCCAACAGUAAGGGAGCAUCAAGGAUGGAGACUGGUGAGGUGCAGAUUUGGGUGAAAGAUUGCAAGAAUCUUCCUCCAGUCGGAGGAAUCAUCAUCAAUCCGUUUGUAAAGUGCACCGUACUUCCUGAUAUGAGCUUUAAGAGCCGACAGAAGACCCGGGUGGUGAAGAGGACAGCCAGCCCCAUGUUCAACCACAUCAUGGUGUAUGAUGGCUUCCGGUCAGAGGACCUCAAAGAGGCCUGCGUGGAAAUCACAGUGUGGGAUCACGACCGACUGAAGAACCAGUAUGUGGGGGGUCUGAGACUUGGGCUGGGGACAGGGAAGAGUUAUGGCGUGGAUGUGUUUUGGAUGGAUUCAACAAGAAAUGAAACAGAUUUAUGGCAAAGGAUGUUACAGUCUGACGGUGAAUGGGUGGAGGAUGUUUUACCUCUGAGGAUGAUAGUAACGGCAAAGAGCAUGUCUAAGUGAUGCUGAGUGGGAACGAGAAACGUAAGAAUGGAUCAUACUGCGAACCAUGAAUGGAAGCAGACGCUCGACAAAGAAUUAAUUUGGAUUUGCAUAACUAAUUAUUAUUCCAUGAUGAAUGUAUGAGUUACUUUAAUUACUUUAUUUUAAACUUCAUGUAAAAUUGGUCAUCUUAACUUUUGAGACAACAUUUAAGAAAGUAUUUAAGAGAAAUGCAGAAAAACAAUCUGCAUGAUGAAUUUAGAAAAAUAAUUGAAUGUAAAAAGAUUUCAUGUGAAGACUAAACUUCUGUACACUGUAAAAUUACUGUAUGAUAUCAUUGUAUGAUUACUACAGUUUUGAUUUGUUGGUAAAAUGCUGCUUUACUUCAUCUCAGAAAAGACUAAAUUGAUGCAUUUUGAGCUUUAAGUGUUUGUCAUGAAGUAAAUCUUAGAGUUGUGUAAUGUUGAACAUUUCCAUCAACUGUCUAGGAGCAAACUGCCAGUAAUAAGAAAACAAAAAAACUUAGUUGAAGCUGUAGAUCAUAAAAUGAUUUUGGCAGAGCUCUAAAAUCUUUAUAUUAUUGUUGACAGAACUGUUACUAUAGCAACAAGAUGGUAUAAAUGUGAAGAUUGGUUCAGAUUAAUAAACCUUUAAACACAUCA